UGCCUCGUGCAUAUAUCGAAAGCUGCUGAAGCCGUUGGGCAAUUUCUACUGCCAGCAAUGAAGCCAGCACUGCUGCUUGGUCUGUCUGCAUCAGCAGCAGCGCUGAAUGUGAACCGUCGCGGCGCAAUCGCCGGCGCGAGCGCGUCGCUGGCGCAAGUCGCGCUGCCGAACCCGGCGGUAGCUGCAACGGAGGCGAAGCUCGCGCUCCCAAAGAUGGGCAUCGGGGCCUGGGCGUGGGGUGACAGCUUGUUUUGGGGCUACGACCCGAAGGAGGAUGCAGAACUCGAGAAGGUCUUCUCGUUCGUAGCGGCGCGCAGGGAUGGAUUCGUCGACACGGCCGAGCUCUACGGCAUUGGGAGAUCUGAGUCGCUCGUGGGACAAUUCGAGAAGCGCCACGGCAAGGUGACUGUUGCGUCUAAAUUCGCAGCGCUCCCGUGGCGCACGAGCCGCGACGACGUCGUCAAGGCCUGCGAGGCGUCCCUCAAGAGGCUCGGUCGGGACUCGAUGGAGCUCUAUCAGAUACAUUUUCCCAAUGCGUGGGCGAACGAGGCCUACUGGGACGGGCUCGGCGACUGCUACGAGAAGGGUUUGGUCAAGGCGGUCGGCGUCAGCAACUACGGCUCGGACGCGGUAAAAGCUGUCUCCAAGACGCUCUCCGCGCGCGGCAUCCCGUUGCUCUCAAAUCAGAUCCAAUACUCUCUGGCGUACCCCUUCGCGAACUCGAAUGGUCUGAAGCAGACGUGCGACGACCUCGGCGUGAAAAUAUUAGCGUACUCGCCGCUGGGAUUGGGGCUGCUGUCGGGCAAAUAUUCAUUAGCCAAUCCGCCCAAGGGCCCGCGCAAAAAGCUCGCGGAGAGCUUCUUCUCGCAGCCCGCAUCGGCGGAGCUGCUCGCCGCCAUCGCUGCCGUGCAGAAGAAGCACGACGCCUCGCCGACGCAAGUCGCCAUCAACUGGUGCCGUGCGAAAGGCGCCGUUCCCAUUCCGGGGUGCCGGACGCUCUCGCAGGUGACGCAAAACUACGCCUCGCUCGGCUGGUCCUGCGACGCGUCCGACAUGGCCGCCCUCGACGCCGCCGCCGCCAAGCUCGCGCCCCUCGUCGAGAAGGCGGGCUUCCCCGAGAAGGACAUCAACACGGGUCUGAAGAUGUUCGAUAGCUGA